AUGUGCAUUGAAGGAGAAGAGUUUAAAGAUUGCAAAAAUUGGCCGUUGAUGGGUUUGGAGGAAAUUAUGACACGGCAUGAAUUCUUACAAAAGACGGGGAAAUACUUAACACCUGAUCCAAAGCAUCCUCAAAAGAAAAUGGUAAGUAACCUUUCCAAACUUCAAUUUUUGCAUCAUGUAUCACCUUUGAAGUGCUCUCCACUCAUCGUAACUCGCAGUUUCCUUCAGGUUGCUGGUGUCACAAUAGAGGAAUGGACAAUUUAUCGUGCAUUUGCUAAGAAAAUCUCGGAACGCUCAGAUAAGGAACGUCCUUAUGAGAGAGUGAAACCAUCGUUGAGAAAAGCCUAUGAACGACGAAGAAAAGAGGCAAAGAUAGUGGAAGACCACGUUUUUGAUGUAUCUGCGCCUCGUUCACGUUGA